AUGGCUAGCAACAACGUAAUAGAGACUGAUGUUGUCGUAGUUGGGGCAGGGAUUUCGGGUCUGACAGCUGCCUAUGAGUUAGCCACAAGAACUCCACUCAGUGUACGGGUAUUGGAAGCGUUAGAUCGCCUUGGUGGAAGGACAAGAGUUGUUACCUUAAAAGGUCAUAAUGGCCUGGAGGAAAACUGGGAUGUUGGAGCUCAGUUUGUUGGACAUUGUCAGCCACAUAUAAUGGAACUAUUGAAAAAAUUUGACCUUGGCCUCAAUAAAGUGUAUGUGGAUGGCAUAAAAAUGGUACAGCUCGCUGAAGGUCCAAUUCGAUCUUAUUCAACAUCAAUUCCUAAUCUUUCAAUCUUGGCAAUGUUGGAUAUGUUCUUCUUCCUCAGAAAGAUCCAGUCCAUGUGUGAUGAAAUUGAUGUCUACAAUCCUUACAGUCACCCACGUGCAGCAGUAUGGGACAGUAUGACCUUGCAGGAAUUUACGAGAUCUCGUGCAUGGACAAAUGCUUUGAUUCAGUGCUUGGAAGCUGCCACCAGGUGUAUAUUUGGCAAAGAAACCAGCCAGAUCUCCCUUUUACACUAUUUAUACUAUAUUAAAGCAGGAGGAGGUAUUGAUGCUUUACUUGAGUCAAGUAAUGGAGCUGCUCAAGAAUUUACAAUCAAGGGUGGUACAGGAGCUCUGGUUGAGAAGCUGGCCGAAGGUGUAAAAAACAACAACAAUAAUGUGAUAGAAUUCAAAUGCCCAGUGACAAAAAUAGAACAGUCCCCUGAGAAGAUAAUGGUAUAUACAGAAAUGAAGAACAGUGAUGGUGAAGAUAUAAUCUACCAGUGUAAACACUGCAUUUUAGCAAUCCCACCACAUAUGAUGGGUCAUAUAAGCUUUAUUCCUGAUUUACCUUCUGACAAACGGGAAUUAAUAAAGUACAUGCAGCCAGGAAACCUCACUAAAGUAAUUUUCACAUACAAACAGGCAUUUUGGAGAAAGAAGAAAUUUUCUGGUGAAGCUCUCUGUGCAAAUGGACCAGUUUGUAUUGUAUAUGACAAUUCUUCUGCUUGUAUUCCUUCUUUAAUGGCUUUCGUUGGGGGUGAUCAGAUGGUGCAGUGGCGACAAGUGGAGGAACCUGUUUUUGUGAAAGCUGUUCUGACUUGUCUAGAAAAAUUCUUUGGUCCUGAAGUAAAUGAUUUUAUCAGUGUUGCAAGUAUGGAUUGGGCACAGGAGCCAUAUAUUCUGGGAAGCCCCACAAGUGUUAUUGUGCCUGGGGCCAUGAAAUAUUUCCCAAAUAUGCGUAAACCCUUCAACAGAUUGAUAUUUGCUGGUACUGAGACUGCUACUCAAAGCUGUGGCUACAUGAGUGGUGCUGUUCAGACAGGACUCCGAUCAGCUAGAGAGGUAAUGUUCCUGCUGGAUUGCCCUUCUCUGACUGCUGAAGAUCUUUCCGAUACUGCAUUCAGACGGGAAGAGUUGAACCGAAGUAAACACAGGCGCCGCAAAAUGUUUUCUUGGACCAACAAAGUUGUCGGUGUAGGGAUUGGGCUAACUGCAGGAAUUGCAGCCUGGAAAAUUGCUGCAGAAUUAAGGCGCUAG